CGCACAAUCCAUCCAAUGGCUUCCUCGGAUCUCAUAGCGGGAGGGAGGGAAUAAGCGGUUGCCACGGUAGUGGUGCCACGGAUUUAGCCAAUGGCCGCUCGCAGAUUUGCGAGGCUCCGCCCCUCUUUCAGUUGUGGCUGACAGACGGAGGAGGAGGAGGAAUGGCUUCAUAUAAAGCUGGGAGACUCAUCGGCGGGCCCUCCACCAGAAGGAGGAGAAUGGGCCCGAAGCUGGAGCUCAGCACUAUGCACAAGCAGCAGAUGCGCGAAGCCUUCGACCUGCUGGAUCUGGGCGGCACCGGAACCAUCGAGGUCAAGGACCUGAAGGUGUCCAUCAGGGCCCUGGGGUUUGAGCCGACAAAGGAAGAGCUCCGGAGAAUUGCUCUUGAUGUGGACAAGGAGGGCUCCGGGAAGGUUGGCUUUGACGCCUUUUACUCAGUGAUGACUCGGAAGAUGUGCGAGACCGAUUCGGACGAGGAGAUCCUCAAGUCCUUCAAGCUCUUUGAGGACCCGGAGAGUGGCAAGGUGUCCUUCAAGGGCCUCAAGCGCAUUGCCGAUGAGAUCGGGGCAGAGCUGACCGAUGAGGAGCUCCAGGAGAUGAUUGAUGAAGCCGACCUGGACAAGGACGGACUGGUCAACGAACAGGAGUUUCUGAGGAUCAUGAAGAGGACAUGAGUGCCCCUCUCCGUCCCUAAGAGGCCCUUCGCUGCUUCGAUCCAUCCUGAUUCUUCAAAGAGGUCAAGGAGAAGGACUGGCCCUCCAUUCAAAAUGUUAGGAAGUGAAAAGAUGUGAAGCUCAGGUGGUGUUUCCAACUCUUUCGCUGCAGGAACAUUAAAAGUGCUUUCCAUUCUUUCA